GCUUCAGUUCUCAUGCGAACGCCGCGGCGUACAAAUGUGCGCACUCGAAGAUCGAAAGGUCCUCAAGAUGGGGCCCACGCUUGUGUGCCUGACUUUACUGGCCAUUCACCUGGCAGAUGCAGUCGUGCAGCAUAGAUCCUUGGAGGAUGCUCGACUGGAGCGCCAGCGCUUGGUGCACAGGUACACAAAGGUCCUGAACAAGGAGGAGGGAGCCAUACGACUGGUGGGCGGAGAUAAUGAGUACGAAGGCAACAUUGAGGUCCUGCACAAUGGCAAGUGGGGAGCAGUUUGCGAUGACGAGUGGGAUUCCACUGAAGCAGACAUUGUAUGCCGACAACUGGGAUUUCCCGGCAUGCGAAGGUAUACGAGAAGUGGCUUCUUUGGACCCGCUCGUCGUCGCUUUUGGAUGGACAACCUCUUUUGCGAAGGUCACGAGCACGAACUAGUGGAUUGCCAUUUUGAGGGCUGGGGCGAGAAUGACUGUGAACCUGGAGAGGCGGCUGGCGUGGUCUGUUAUCCACCGGAAAAUGCACUGAUCCCCGUGGCAACACCCAUCAUCCGCGACGAGGAUUUGCCCAAAUACCCGAUUCACUCGCGAUCACGUUUAUAUGUAAGACUGCGAGGCGGAAGAUCGCGGAUCGAGGGACGUGUGGAGGUCAGUUUGGAUGGCGGUCGGUGGGGCAGUGUGUGCGCCGAUGGCUGGUCACUUUUGGAGGCCAAUGUCGUGUGCCGACAGCUCGGCCUGGGCUAUGCCAGUGAGGCCUUCCAAACCGAUUUCUUUGGUGGCUCCAAUGUGUCAAGACCCGUGCUGAGUGGCAGCGAGUGCUAUGGCAACGAAACGGAACUGGCUGACUGCCUGCAUCAUGAUGCAAGUCAGGGUAUCAUCAGCUGCCAUGGCAAUCGGCAGCACGUGGCCGCUGUGAUCUGUGACUAUAUCGCCCCCGAUCUGGUGGUGGAUUAUCUGGAAAUCGAACAGACGGCCCAUCUGGAGGAUCGACCCAUGCUGCUGAUGCAGUGCGCCAUGGAGGAAAACUGUGUGGCCAACGAGGCGUAUCAAAUCCAGCGGGAUGAUCCCCACUGGCGCUAUCGAUCUAGGCGAUUGCUCAAGUUUACGGCAGCUGCCAUCAAUGCGGGCAAUGCGGAUUUCCGGCCAUUCAAGGAGAAGAGCCAAUGGGAGUGGCACAUGUGCCAUAUGCAUUUUCACAGCAUGGAGGUGUUUGCCACCUUUGAUAUCUUCGAUUUAAGAGGACACAAAGUGGCUCAGGGACACAAGGCAUCUUUCUGUUUGGAGGACAGUAAUUGUCUGCCGGGAGUUGCCAAGAAAUACAAUUGCGCCAACUAUGGAGAUCAAGGCAUAUCCAUUAACUGCUCGGAUGUGUACCUGUACAAUUUGGACUGCCAAUGGGUGGAUGUGACAGACCUGAUUCCCGGCACCUAUGUCCUCAAAAUAGCCAUUAAUCCGGAGUUUAAGGUGGCCGAGAUGAACUAUGAUAACAACGCUGCCAUCUGCGAUCUGAUAUACACCACAAACUUUGCCAGAGUGCAAAACUGCCAGAUGGGGAGACCUUGAAGGGUGGAUGGUUAAGAUUAAGUGGGCGGUGGACUGGAACCAAAUCAAUAAGUGCCAAAUACAACGAUUAACCAAAGGGAGCUUGUAUAUUUUCUACACCUAUGUCUUUAACCCUAACUCGCAUGCGAUAUAAUUAAAUGUGCACAACUGAAAA